GCUACGUGGACCAGCCUCCUCUCAUGGCCCAAAUCCUAUCGGUCUCGAGCAGAUCAACGAAUGAUAUUACAACUGCUUUGAUUGGUGGCAACUGCUCCAGAAGCGCGAAGUCCCACCCAUUGGUACCUUCAGACCGACCUGGUACUGCCUACUCAACUUCUUCCACACCGACGACCAACCAUACAUGAGGUCACCCAAAACCAGCCCCCACAAUGACUUCUAGGCAAACCUCACAAGAGUCAUCCCGGCUAUUCAUUCAAAUGUCCGGUGCACCGGGUUCUGGGAAGAGCACGAUGGCGAGGCUACUGCGGCAAUCGAUUGGUGGACUGGUUAUCGAUCACGACAUCUUUAGGUCCGCCCUUCUUGAGUAUAACGACGUGGCAUUUGACGAAGUAGCGAAACGCGCCUAUCAUCUCCAAUGGUCACUCGCCGAGGACGCUAUGAAACAAGGCCUAAAUGUCAUUAUCGACAGUACCUGCAACUUUCAAGAGGUUCUCGAUCAAGGAUCUGCACUUGCUGAAAAACACGGUUUCACCUACUGGUACGUCGAGUGCAAGGUUGAGGACAUCGACCUACUAGAUGAAAGGUUGCGCUCGCGAGAUUCGAUGAAGAGCCAGCGAACUGGCGUCGAUUGCCCCCCUGCUGCGGCAUGCCAUGCUCGUGCAGGCGAAGACUCUCGCAGUCUCUUUAAAAAGUGGAUUGAGAACCCGUGCCGUCCGAAGCACCACGCUAUUGUCGUGGAUUCAAAGGAUAACCCAGAAAUACAUCGAGACCACAUUUUAAAGCAGAUUAUUAGUUAGUG